AUGUUUGAUCAAUAAUUCAUGUAACAUCAAAAGUCCAGAUAGGAUAACAUAGUCUAGCCCAAAUCUAGACAUCUUAUUGUGAUGAAUUAAUUAAAGAAAAAAGUAUUAUACAUUCAAUCAUUCUUUAGGAAGAGAAUUGGAAUCACAGGUUUUAUGUUUCAAAGUAAUCUAAAAACGAGUCAGUUGAGAAAUUUUAACCUAAAUUAAGUUAAUUAUAAGCGAAAUUAAUUGAGGUCUAAAAUUAUUACGAGAUUCCCGAAUUUCAUAGGUAAUGUAACUUCAAACAAUUAUAGAUAACUUUUCUUGAUGUGUCUAAAAACACUUCCAAAGAUUAGCCAAGCUAUUCUAUUCGAAAUUGAAGAAAUCUAAUUAAAAAAAUCGCAUAUUCAAGUAAAAUUAUAUUCUCAUCUUCAGUAAUGUAUGCAAGCAGUUGAAUCUAGAGAAAGAUGUCUGGGUGAACUCUUAAAACAUAUUCAAUCAAUUGAAAACAACCCUGGAGACGAACAGUUAAUAUCUAAAAGUGCUGAGUUGAUCACUCAUUUAAGAAUACUCUCAAUUAAUGUUGUAGAACAAAUAAUUGGUUGGAGGUAAUAUCUAAUGAAAUUUUUGGUUAACAUUCAUUCCUCAGAGAGCAUCUCGUUGCCCUACACUUACUACAAGGAAAAUUAUCUGAUCAAGGUUAAACAAAUAUUUAUCAAUAGAUGAAAAAAGAUGUAUUAUACAUUUAAAAUUCCAUACUUUCAAACUAUUAUCAAUUUUCUAAGCAAUCUGAUCCCUUUUUUGUUGCCAUAACCAGACCUGCGACUGAUAUCAAUAAAAUUGUGUAAUUCAUAUCGAAACCUCUACUGAAAAGGAUAAAGAAUUGUGAAUUACUUAUCUAAGAAGAGGCCUCUUAGAUGUAAAAAGAGGACAAGUCAUUCUACAAUCAAAUGAAUUCAAGAGAUUAAAUUAAGAUAACGAAGCCUCCCAAAAGACCCAACCAAAGUUAGAAUUAAAAUGUAUAAUACAAAUAUUACAUUUUAGAGAGUGCUAAUUAAAUAGUUGGAUCCAACAGACUUUACAAAUCAAACAUCUGGGUCUGUGACCAAAAUUAACCCAUAAAAAUAGUCUACAAAAUAGGCACAGCAAAAUCAAUUAAAAUAGGAAUUGAUCAGAAUUUCAAAUGAUUAGAUUUAAAAGGAUUAAGGCAAAUAAUAAUUAUAGAUUCCAUCUGUCUAAUAGAGUGCUGAGAAAAGAAACAAAGAUAGUUCCCUUGAUUAAAAGAAUAAAGAUAGUAGUAAAAUAAACUCUCCUAAGUCUUUAAAUUAAGUUGCAACUCAAAAUGAUAAUGAAAUUAAAAUAUUAAAAUGCCAAUUAAAUGAUACAUUAGUAGAAAACUAUCUAAAAGAUAUAAGUGACGAUUUCAAAAAGUCAUGGAGAGGGGAAAUAACAUAAAUGCUGCAUCAAUAUGAAUCGUAAGAGGAAAGCUUUUGCUUAGGAAUAUAUUAAAACAAUAAAUUAAUAGGAUUAGGAUAAUGCUUCUUAGAUCCAUCCUUGUAGGAAAGAAAAUUAAUGUUAAGUCAUUUUUCUACAGCUGAGUAUUCUUAGUUCUAAGAAUAUCUGAAAAUGAUAUUAUAAUUUAUUUGGGAAUUAGAUUCAUGUUAAGAAAUUAGAAUGUCAUUAUACCAUUAUAAUUAGAAUGAUUGUUUUUAAGCAAAUAAAGACAUCACAACAAAAUUAAAGGAGUUGAAUUUUAAAUGGAAAGUUGUUUAGAGUGUGAACUCGGAAACAAGAUUCACCGUUAUGGGUAUUAUAGUUGGUUAUUUUAGCAAUCAGACGACCUGCAGAAUUAAAGAUUGCUAAAUAGUAUGAUCCAAUAUUUCUUCAGCAUCUUUUUUAUACUACAGAGAAUACUUAAACUACAAAUGAGAAUUAAUUCUUUUCACUAAGUGGUUUGACAAAUCUUAAUACAAAAGUUGAUUUUUAGGAUGAUCAAAUCAAUUCAAUUAAAGACAUUCUUUCUUCAUCAGUAUCAAAAAUUUAAUUAUAGCAUAGGCAUAUCAAUUUAAAGGCAUCAAGUUGUAGGAAUAAACUCGAUAGAAAUUUCAUGACUAUAUAUAUGAAUCUUUUGAGCAUUUGAAUGAAAUCAACCCCUAUAAUAAUGACACACAGCAAUUACCAGAAUAAAUUAUUAGUAGUUUCAGCAAAGAAUGUUAUAGAUGGUCAAAAUUCAAAUUAGCUAAUCAUAACAAAUUAAUAUACAAUAGUUUUCGACCGGAAUCAAAUAUUGAUCAUGCAAAGGUUUUCAUGUCUGAGUCUGGAGAGAUUAAAGUAUAUAUAAUAGCUACUGAUCAAAGUAAUACGAGUAUCUUUGUAUUUGAAUGUAUGAAUUUUGUAAUAUUUUCUAAAGAUUAAGAGGAAUUAAGUUUGCAAAAAGUGUAAUCGAUUUUAAUUUAAUGUGGAAUGCAAGUACCUAUAGAUUAGAAUCUGAAUAUACCUCAAUUUACUUUGAAUUGCAAAGCACAAGUGCAAGAAAACAUAAUGGGAGUUGGCAGAUUUAGCACAGCAUAUAGACCAAAAAUGAUGGAUAUUCAUAAUGCUGAGGGUUUAAUAAUUAAGCCUCCAUUUGUGUUCGGUAUCACAUAAAUCAAAAUUUAGGAAUCAUAAACGAAGAUUUUAAUGAACUAACUAAUAUGCCUAACUUAUUUUUUAGGGUUGAAGAACAACAUUGUCUAUAACUUUGA